AUGUCCGACCAGAUCCAGAUCACCAACCACAAACAGUACGAUGUGAUAGUUGUUGGCGCCGGGCUCAGCGGUCUUCAAACAGCUGUCAAGGUCCAACAUGCAGGUUUCUCCGUUAUUGUUCUAGAGGCUCUUGAUCGUGUGGGCGGCAAGACGCUGUCGGUGCAAUCCUCGAGCCAGGGCAAAGGCGUCAAUGACCUUGGCGCUGCCUGGAUCAACGAUAGCAGUCAAUCCGAGAUCUACAAGUUAUUCCUCAAGGCUGGCCUGAAACCUGAAAAGCAAUUGGAUGAGGGCAACACCCUUCGGCAGAUUGAAGACGGCAGCUAUAUCUCUGUUCCUUUUGGUCAACUCUUCGUUGACGAAGAAGAAGCCGCAGCCUUUGCUGUCCUCUUUGGCGCUCUGCGAAAAGUGACUGAUGCUUCCGACCUGGAAGAUCCCAUCACCGGGCCCGACGCCAAACGGCUGGACAGCCUGACUUUUACAGAGUACUGCAAAGAGCUCCUGGAGUCCCCUUCGACACCCAUCAUCGCUACCUACCUAGCGCGUGCUCUCCUAGGGGUGGAAGGUGACGAGGUCAGCGCGCUGUUCAUGAUCAACUACUUCAAGAGCGGAACCGGAAUCCUCAACCUCGUCUCUGAUGGCCCCGACGGUGGCCAAUAUCUCCGCGCCAACAAAGGCACGCAGACAAUUUCCAAAUAUCUCGCCGCCCAGCUGCCCUCCGGGUCCAUCCACCUCACCAGCGUUGUCAAAUCCGUUAGCCAGUCUGCGGCUGGUGUGGAAGUUGUCACGACCGCCAACAAGACAUUCAGGGCCGCGCGCGCGGUAGUCUCUCUGCCCAGCGCUCUGUACCCGACCAUUUCCUUCUCCCCCGCGCUGCCGCCAUCCAAAUCCAUCCUGGCAGAGGGUACAGCCAUCGGCGCGUACGGCAAGAUCAUAUAUGUCUGGGCUAUUCCAUGGUGGCGUGAGGCCGGGCUCUCUGGGACAUUUGAGGCACCGCUUUCUGGGCAUGUCUCUUUUACGAGGGAGACUUCCGUGCCGGAGGACAACCAGUGGUCCAUCACUUGCUUCAUCGUGGGUGAUCCUGCAAGGGAGCUGUCCAAGUACGCCCAAAAGGUCAGGAGGGAGAAGGUUUGGGCGCAGUUUAAGCAGGUGUUUGAGGGGUCGGGGGUGUUGAAAGGGGCGAAGGUGCCGGAGCCGAUUCAGGUGCAUGAGAUUGCCUGGAAGAGGAACCAGUAUGCGGAUGGCGCGCCGACUGCAGUGAUGGGUCCGGGGGUGUUGACUGAGUUAGGGGAGGUGACGGUCAAUCCGCUGAGGGAGCCGUGGCGGAGAGUACACUUUGUGGGCACGGAGACCAGUUUGGUUUGGAAGGGGUAUAUGGAUGGGGCUGUCAGGAGCGGGAUCCGAGGCGGUGAGGAGGUGGUGAAGGCGUUGCGGGAGGAGGGGAGGUGAUGGCUUCAUUCGCAUCGAAAAUUGGGAGAACCAAGCCAUCUUGUGUAUAUUCUUCAUCCGACAGUGCCCAGUUGUACUACUUGUCACAUGUCUAGGCUACACUCCACCGUCACGCACGAUCACCAACCUCGCCCUCUUCAAUCAACCUGCGGGCAAUCGAACAGGCCAUUUGAACUACCCACAAAUUAAACGUAAGCCACCUGUCUUUCUACUGGAGAAAUUAUAGCUGUGUGUUUCCCCGGGGGGUUAGGGUAAUAUACAUCCUGACUUGCACUUCAUCAACCACAUUACCACUCCCAGCCACACCUACUUGCACGCAGUUAGUUGAAAGCCUGGGAGUUGGCCUGGAAAUUCAAGGCCGGGCAAUAAGAGCCAUCGCAAAUAAAACCCUGGCAAUGAGGCCCUUGCAGGUGGUGGCGCGCGUGCAAAUAUGCCCUCCAUUGGCCCAUAGACAACAAUCAACAGACAAAUAUACCAUUAAAGCCUGCA